ACCUGUUAAAGCAGGUAUCUAAGGAAGCACAUACACUUCCUCAUAAUUUUUUUUUCUGAAAACGUUGAUUUUACUUGGAGUUACUUUGUUUUUACUGGAGACAUCCAACUUCGUUAGCCUCUGCUCCUUGAGGAACACUUGCAGCGGCAAGUGGCAAAAGCUGAAAAGGAACUAGCUAAGACCCCAGGAUCUUGGGAAUAUUUCUUAGCUGGUGAAAAACUUGGUGGAUUCUCACCAGAGUCCUUCACCUGUCUCUGUUAAUCUUGCUUUCUCAAAGAAAUCCUUGAAAAUUGGAGAGAAGAAUGGAGAAAAAAACCAGGAUGCUUCCUAAAGAACUGGCCCAGGACCCGCAAAAAGGCCUCUAUCAAUGGACCUCAUCAGUAGUAUUACCACAUUCCUCAUAUCGGACUUCACCAAGGUGGAAACAGAACCAAAGGUCCAUUGAACAGAUGCCACACUUCAGCCACCAGGCUAGAACUCUCCAGGCACCGCUUAAUCCUUCCAAGUGGACUAAACCCAAACCUGAACCAAAGGUCAAAUAUCUGCUCAAAGCUAUGGAGCCUCCCCACACUGACCAUAGGGCAAUGGCUGUACCAUUACCUUAUCUUCAACAACAAGGUAACCCUAAAUCAACACUCCACCUUAAAAAGAAUGCAGGUACUGCAAUCAUGCCCUUACCCAAGCCCAGAGUCAUAGUCAAGAAAACUGAGGUGUCCUUCAAAGCUACUAGACAAUGUCUUCCAUUUCCAUCCAGCCCCAAAUGCCAGCCAGAGACUCCACUGAACCCAGAUCUACUGAACCCAGUGAAUUCCUCAGAUCCUGACCACCUUCCUAAGAUUUUUCCAGACUUUGACCACCAAAUGGAAGACCCAAUACACCUCCAUCAGAAUCCUCCAUCUCCAUCAAUCCCCAACACGCAAGCUGAAAUACCACCAAAUGAGAGCCCCAGGCUAGAUGCCAGACUCAAAACAUGUGCUGACUCCCAGACUGGAGCCCUAUCUGUUCCAAUGAGCCUCUGUCAACAGACUAAAAUUUCACCUAGGGUCAGACCCUAUGUCAAGGCCACAAAUCCCCUGGCAAGAGUUUACCACCAGAAGCCCAAGGCCACAGCUGCACCAUCAUCAUCUUUUCCUAAAGACUGUUGGCCCAAGUCCAGAGCUUUGAAAUCAUCAGGCCAACUGGGUAAAACCUCAAAGGAAUUACAUCCCAACUUCAAAACCACAGUAGUGACGUCCUUGUUUCAAUUCUCUGACCGACAGUCCAGGAACGUGGCAGCAUCUUCAGUCCAUCUAAAUCAGAAAAUAAGAGCCACCACUAUGACUCAAGCUGAGAAGAAGUUCCGAUCCAUUGCUCAAGUCUCACUUCGACCAGAAAAAAAAUGCAGGAAAAUAUCAGGAAAAAAAGACAACCACCAGGCCAUGACCUUGUUAGACUCAGAUCAUGGAGGAACCUCACCUCUCCUGGUCUUAGGCUAUAAGGACGCAAUUCCUCUUAGUUCUGACAAAGAGGUCACCCUUCCAUUCAACACUGACCUAGACCAAGCUGAAACAGAAGCUAUUCCAAAUGCAAACAUUCAGAUGCUUCAGGCAAGACUAAGCCUUGGUGGAAAAAUGACACUUAUACCUGCCAACCAGGCUACAACUUUAACAAGCCAGGAUCAUGGGGCAACACCUCCAAUGAGAUUAGACCAGCAGGGAAAAACUCUAAGUGACCUGGAUUGUGAGUCCACAUUGCCACCUGUACAUAACCAGCAAGCUGAAGAUACACAAGAUCUUAUGGCCCCUGUCUCAAUUAAAAUGGAGGAAAAGGUCUGGGAGACAAAGCCACCAAAAACAGACCAUCAGACUGUCAUUUUAAUGGACCAAGACUUCAAGGUAAGACCUUCUCUGGACUUAGACCAGGAGGACAAAACUCAAACUGGUCCUGAGGAUCUGGUCAUUCCAUUCAGAACAGACUAUGAAGCUGAAGAUACAACACUAGGCUCUACUAUCCAUUUCUCACUUCAAAAAGACCAAGAAAAACAGGAGAUGAUGCCACCCGAACCGGAUAGCCCAGGUACAAUUUUAACAGUUUGUUGCUUUGAAGCCACUUCUACGAUGGGUUCUGAAGAACAAUACAACAUUGCCCCCAGCCCUGAAAACCAGUCCACAACUCCACCAAGUUAUGACCACCAGGAUGAGGAUAUUCUAGAACAAUAUGCCCAUUUUAUAUUUCAAGCAGGUCUAAACCGGCAGGAAACAAUAUCACAAGAAACAGACCAGCAGCUCGUAGACUUAACAGAAUGGGAUUUCUGGGACACACCUUUUCCCCAGAUCAUUGGCAACCAAGAAAUAACUAUAACUGACCACGUGGACACACCUCCACCUCACCCUGAUCACCAGACAGAAGAAUAUAGACUAAAUUAUAAUACUCUAACCUCUCCUCAAGUAGAAAAAGAAGACUGGGAAACAAUAUCCCAGGAAAAUGACUAUCAGGCUACAACUUUGUCAGACGGAGAUCAAAGGGUAUUUGUAUCUCCAUUGAUUUCAGACGCACAGGAUAAAGCCCUAUUUCCCCCUGACCUGGAUCAGACCACACUCCUAGCCGACCUUGAACACUGGCCUGAGACUAUACCAGACCCCAUCAGCCAAGUGUCCCUUCAAAUGGAAAAAGAGUCUUGGGAAAUGACACCACCCAGAAUGGAUUCCCAGUCCACAACUCUGUCAAACCAAGGUUGUGCAAGGCCUCCAGUGGACUUAGACCAGAAGGACAAUGCUUUAUCUGGCCUCAUCCACCAGACCAUAUCUCCCACCAGCCCAGAUAUGCAGCCUGAAGACCUACCAGGUCUAACCAUUGCCCAUGACUUGAUUCAAUCUGAACAGCAGCAUUCAGAAACAAUGGCGAGCCACCAGGACGCAGCAGCAGUAGUCCAGGAUCACCAGUUAAUACCCCUACUGUUGUCAGACUUCCAGUACUCAAUCCCAUCCGCCCCUAUGAACGAGGCCACGCUUCCACCCAGCCCCGACAAGCAGAAUGAAGGCACACAAGUUCUCAUCAACCAUCCCUCAAUUCCAGUGAAACCAGAACCUAGGGAAACAAGUGAACCAGGGACUCCUCAGGCUAUAAUUCUAACUGUCCAGGAUAAAGGAUCAGAAAUUUCCCUGAGUUCAGAUUCCCAGGACACACAUCUAGAUGAUCCUAAUUGUCCCUCUGUAUCUUUAUCCAGCCUUGACAACAAACUGGAGAAUGUCCAAGACCCCCAAACCCAAGCCACACCUUUUGCAGGCCAAUACCACUCCCAAGUAUUAUCAGUGAACGUCAGCCAUAAAGUUACUCCUCCAUCUACACUCAACUCCCAAGAAUCUCUUCCCCACAGCCCUGAGAAACAAGCUGACACCCCACCCCAUCCCACAAACAUCCAGAGCAAACUUCCAAAUAUGUUUACUAUCCACAGGGCUUCACCAAGCCCCACCUACAGGGUCACACCUCCAGUCACCAGUCACAAGAUGGAGCCUUCAAAAAACCGAAGACAUCCAAGUAAGACCGAACAGAGCUCUAAGCACCAAAGUCAAGAUCAAACUAAGGUCCAAUCCCAGACUCAGAUGGUAAAAAACAGAAGAAUUCCGUGGUGCUUAAGUUACAUCAAACCAUAUAAUGUAGAGGGGGGGUAUGUCCCUGCCAAAACCAUUCAGAGCAUCGUCAAUUCCAUCCCUCAGCAGAAAAUUAAAAGUGAUGUCUGUAAGCAAAUCCUCCUGCGGAGGAUGAGGGUCUCUCCCCCUUUUGGUAAAGGUCGACGAAUGUUAAUGGCUUAUACAGUCUGUUUAAUCUGUACCUCCUGGGUACCAAAUGGCUGUCCACACACUCAGGGAUUAAAAUACUCCUGUGAAGCACAACUUUUAGCCAUACCAAUCCCUCUGCCUGGUCCUAAGGAGGAGCUGGGUGUGAAAUUUAUUCUCCAAGUGCCCAAGGAAAAAUUACCAAUUUUCAAACAACAAAACACUCAUUCCAAAUCCCGUAAGCCCUUCAAUUCAUCAGGCUAUCAAUCACAUUCCUCUUUACCAUCUGCAUCACCUUCUUUACCAGCAAGGGAAAAAUGGCUGCAGUUCAUAGUGGGUAAGGAUCAACCAGUGGGGAGAAACUCACCUAGAGGCCAAUCAACUUGUGUGGGGGAAAUGACUGGGAAGAGGAAUACUAGAGAAGAGGACCUGAGGGGUCCGAGGACAUUUUUAAGAUCUCUUCUACAGAUAUUUCAAAUGAAGCAAAAGGGACACUAAAUCACCAUCUUUUUCUAUUUAAAAGCAAUUGACUUGCUGAGCAUAUCUGAAA